UGUCAAUGUAGAGGAGCGCCACACAAGCACAGCCGCAGCGUGCGCCGCUUAAGUGCGGGCGAUGUUGUGACAGCGCGCUCGGACGUAGGGUUGGGGGGGACACUCAUUCUCGUAUACGAGACACUUUUUUCGGGGGGAGCCACACGCCGAUGAAACGCAGCGUGGAUCACUUUUCGGGACUAUUGGCUUUGGAUUCUCGCGUUUGUCACCACUAAAGAUGAAAGGACGGAUCAGACAGUGGCUGCAGCAGGUUGGAAAACAAACAGCCACAAGCAAAAGGAGAGAUGAAGGGAGAGAAACUGGCCUUGUGGACAUUCCUCAUAUGGUGGCCUUGUCCCAUUGUCAGGCCAGUGUUUAGACAGACCCCAGGCUCAACUGAUCUAGCCAACGCGGGUCACUUACGGCGGCCUCUCUUCUGACAUUGAAGGACACACAGCAAUGAAAAGGGGCAUCUGAUGAGCCUGGCAAGUGCGACAGUGGCGGCGUCAGCAUCUGGCUAUCAAGGCGGGGCACGCCAGCGAGACGCCAUCAUGGAGCAGAAAGUCAGCAAACUGACAUCUGGCUUCCAGCGCAGUUCUACCUCGGAUGACGACUCCGGCUGCGCGCUGGAGGAGUACGCCUGGGUACCACCCGGCCUUCGGCCUGAGCAGGUCCAGCUGUACUUCUCAUGCCUGCCCGAGGAUAAAGUCCCAUAUGUUAACAGCCCGGGAGAGAAGUUCCGAAUCAAGCAGCUACUCUAUCAACUACCGCCGCACGAUAAUGAGAUUCGUUACUGCCAGUCUCUCAGUGAGGAAGAGAAGAAGGAGCUACAUAUGUUCAGUGUCCAGAGGAAGAAGGAAGCCCUGGGGAGGGGAGCACCGAAAAUGCUACCCCGAGGUCGUCUGAACAGCGUCUGUGAGCAUUGUGGUGAGAACAUCAAUGGUGGAGAAAUGGCAGUGUUUGCGGCCAGGUCGGGCCCUGGAUUGUGCUGGCACCCGGCCUGCUUUGCUUGCUCCACAUGCAGUGAAAUUUUGGUGGAUUUGAUCUACUUCUACCAUAACGGAAAGAUCCACUGUGGACGGCACCACGCUGAGCUCCUCAAACCACGUUGCUCAGCUUGCGAUGAGAUCAUCUUCGCUGAUGAAUGCACAGAAGCUGAGGGGCGUCACUGGCACAUGAAGCACUUUGCCUGUUUUGAAUGCGAAACCAUUCUGGGCGGCCAGCGUUACAUCAUGAAGGACGGACGCCCCUAUUGCUGUGGCUGCUUCGAGUCUCUGUAUGCAGAGUACUGUGAGGCAUGUGGAGAACAUAUCGGUGUUGACAAUGCUCAAAUGACCUACGACGGUCUCCACUGGCAUGCCACCGAGAGUUGCUUCAGCUGUGCCCAGUGUAAGAGCUCCCUCAUGGGAUGCCCCUUCUUGCCACACCAGGGCCGUAUCUACUGCUCUAAGGCAUGCAGCCUAGGGGAAGACGUACACGCCUCCGACUCCUCCGACUCGGCCUUCCAGUCGGCACGAUCCCGCGAAUCCCGUCGCAGCGUACGCAUGGGCAAGAGCAGCCGAUCGGCCGACCAGUGUCGCCAGUCGCUCCUUUUCUCACCUGCGGUUAACUACAAGUUUCCUGGAUUUAGUGAAAACCCUGACGACACCCUGACCAACAAGCUUUCCCACCUGAACUUAUCUGACGAGCAUUUCUGGAGGGGGCGUGGUGAGGAGACAGAGGCUCCUGAGGAUCAGGGGGAAGAGUGGGCGGAGCAUGAAGACUACAUGACUCAGUUGUUGUUGAAAUUCGGGGAAAAUGGUGUCUUCAGACAAGCCGGUGACUCCAGACCGACAGAUUUUUGGGUUGCAGAAAGAGAUCCCAAGUCAAAACAAGCUGGUAGCGGUAGUGGCGAAGGAAGGGGCAGCCUGGCCAGCAAGAAGUACCAAGCUGACAUGUACUGGGCCCAGUCCCAAGACGGGCUAGGGGACUCAGCCUAUGGUAGUCACCCUGGCCCGGCAAGCAGCAGGAAGAUCCAAGACCUUGAGCUCGACCACGGAGCUGGAGCAAGCGUGGAAGAUGAGUCGCAGUGGUACGGUGGGUCUUUGGAGUGCAUAACAGACCAAUUCAAGAAAAAGGAUCAGAGUGUCCGAGACUCUAUGGACUCACUGGCCCUCUCCAAUAUUACUGGGACCUCUGUUGACGGCGAUAGUAAAGACAGACCUUUGGGUUACUCCAUGCAAGGUUUCCAUGAGUUGGAGACAGAGGACUGUGAGAAAACCAGUAACAUGGGAACUCUCAACUCCUCCAUGUUACACAGAAGUACCAAUUCAUUGAAGAGCCUUGUAUCCGAGCAGGAAAAUGUUCCCGAAGAGGUGGAAAGACCAAAACCACAUGUCCCCGCGCUCAGGAGGACACGUUCACAAGCUAGACAGCAGCAAGUGAAAUUCUCUGAUGAUGUGCAAGACAGUUACAGUGAUCUCCAGGUGAGACAGCCCCCGAUGAGUGAACGAACUCGUCGCAGAGCGUUCCACUUUGAGGAGCAGGACCAGGAAAGUCGUUCCGGGUGCGGCCGUCACCAUCACAGGAGGCGACGCAGCCGCAAAUCUCGCUCUGACAAUGCUCUUAAUCUUUUACCAAAAGAGAGAGCCCAAAUGGGCUACGGAAUGGACCGCAGACAAAAUGCACAUGGUGCAAGGAGAGAUCAUGGUUUCCAUGGACACCCACAAGCGGGCACCAUGUCAGAUUACAGGCUUCAGGGUUCAGCCAUGGGCAGGUUCUUAGAUCUGUACGGGGAGGAUGACGACUGGUGCUCGACAUGCUCAUCCUCUUCUUCCGAUUCUGAGGAGGAAGGCUUUUUCCUGGGUCAGCCCAUCCCACAACCAAGGCCACUUAGACAAUACUAUACUGAAGACUUGCCUAGCCCUUUGGCAGGAAUGUCUCCACUCCCUUAUGGACUUCGGACUAAGUCAAAGAAGAAGAAAGGGCAUAAGGGUAAAAACUGUAUCAUUUCAUAGGUGAUAAUCUUUGAUUUGGGUCAUUCACAUCCCCCGAGACUGUUCUACUAAAUAGUUUUUAUAUACGAUAACGUCUGGAUUUGUUCGCCUCUGUGGCAUUACAACUUGCUGGUAGAUUCAUUCAGUAUUUGACAUAUUUAUAAAAACAUGAUCUAAAUAUAUUGUUUACCAAAUGUAUAUACUGUAGAGAUUUUUUUUUUUUUUUUAAAGUGGAUAUUUUUUUCAACCCUUGGCUUAAUGAUGUACCAAAACAGCAUUAACAUUAAACUAAUGGUAGGUUAUUCUUCCCCCUUCCCUCAAUGAAGGUGCCACAUAUUUUGACUUGUGAUCUUUACGUCUUUAAAUAUGUGAUGUUUAACUGGUUUGUGCAGCACCGACACAUACAAACACUUAAGUGGUGGUCAUGUUGUAGUGUAAGACAAUUAUUGUAAUCUGUAUAAAUGUAUAAACUGGAGUAUAAGGUUAACGUAAUUGUAAUAAAAACAACAACAAUGUC